UUGAACCUCUUCCUCCUAACUCCUCCUCCUCCUCGUCUCCUCUGCAGUGUCUGAGCAACACUCCUCCUCUGACGGAGUACUUCCUGCUGAGCUCCUACCUGGAGGAGCUGAACUUCACCAACCCUCUGGGCAUGAAGGGCGAGAUCGCCGAGGCCUACGCCGACGUCAUCAAGCAGAUGUGGUCCGGGAGGCAUUACUCGGUGGUGCCGCGAGUCUUCAAGACGAAGGUGGGACACUUUGCGUCUCAGUUUCUGGGUUACCAGCAACACGACAGUCAGGAGCUGCUCUCCUUCCUGCUGGACGGACUGCACGAAGACCUGAACCGGGUCAAGAACAAAGAGUACAUCGAGCUGCGGGACGCCGAAGGACGACCAGACCAGGAAGUGGCCGAGGAGGCGUGGCGGAACCACCGCCGGCGGAACGACUCGGUGAUCGUUGACACGUUUCACGGCCUCUUCAAGUCCACGCUCGUCUGUCCCGAGUGCCACAAGGUCUCCGUCACCUUCGACCCCUUCUGCUACCUGAGCGUCCCACUUCCUGUCAGCAAGGAGCGCGUCAUGGAGGUCUUCUUUGUGUCUCUGGACCCCUACGCCAAACCUGCACAGCAUCGUGUCGUGGUUCCUAAAGCAGGAAAGGUAUCUGACCUCUGCUCUGCUCUGUCAGAGAUGACCAACUUACCUUCCACACAGAUGGUGGUAGCUGACGUGUUCAACCACCGUUUCUAUAAGAUCUACAACGCUGAUGAAUGUCUGAGCUGCAUUCUGGACCGAGACGACAUCUUUGUGUACGAGCUGAGCGUGCUGGAGGAGCAGCAGGAGGAGCAGGUGCUGCUGGCGCUCUACCUGAGGGAGCGCUCCCACUACAGAGACUACGGCUCCGGCAGCAGCUCGUACGGGACGUCUCUGUUCGGACAUCCGCUGCUGCUCAGUGUCCCACGAAGCUGCUGCAGCAGAGAGGAGCUCUACAAGCUGUUCCUGCAGAGGCUGACGCGCUAUGUGCGUCAUCCCGAUCCCUCUGAGGAGUUGGAGGAAGAGGAAGAGGAAGAUGAGGAGGAGGAGGAGGAGGAGCUUUACAAGACCCAGACCAACGGCAUCAGUGAUGAGGAGGAGCAGGAGGACGCGGAGAAAGCCGGGCCGUCUCAAACGCAACCCUGCUGCGGCGAUUUGUCGACAAACAGCCAAUCAGACGAGACCGCCGCCACCAAGGGCCGCCCCGACGUCAACCAUACGCAGCCCUCAUUGGACGACACAGAGCCCGAGAACCAGACCGAGCCGGUCUGCAGCGCCGGCACCAGCAACACCGACGCUGACGCCGGCACUCCCAGCGGGGACUCGAGCGGCACCGCCGACGCAGAGCAACCGCAUCCGCCGUGCGAGACCACAGAAGAAGAAGAAAAAGAAGAAGACAAGCAGGAGGAGGCGUGUUCUCCGAGCCCGCCGGCCAAUGAGCAGCCGGCGAAGAGAAAGGCGUGUCGCAAGAGGAAGAGUCUGUUCACCAUCCAGGCGGUGAACUCCAACGGGACGACGGAGAGAGGAACGGGGGAGGGAGGGAGCGCUGUGUCCUUCAGCUCUCAGCCCUAUGUGGCCAUCGACUGGGACCCUGAGAUGAAGAAGAGAUUCUACAAUGAGAACGAGGCCGAGAAGUAUGUGAAACACGCCAGUAUGGAGGUUCCUCAGCAGCAGACCACGGUCCAGCUGCAGGAGUGUAUCGAGCUGUUCACCACUGUGGAAACACUGGAGGAGGAGAACCCAUGGUACUGUCCGGUGUGUAAGAAGCACCAGCUGGCCACUAAGAAGCUGGACCUCUGGUCUCUACCGGAGGUUCUCAUCAUCCACCUCAAGAGGUUCUCCUACACCAAGUUCACCAGAGAGAAGCUGGACAGCAUCGUGGACUUCCCCCUCAGGUACACACACACACACACACACACACAC